AUGGAUCCAACCUACAGCAAAGAAUCGAAAGCCGAGCAAACUCUCGAGCAACUCGCAAAGGAAUUCGACAACCGAAACCCGGCGGAACUUCUCGCUGCUCGCGGAGCACCAGCCGCUGUGGAGAAGACGUUCCCACCGACUUCGAAGCUUCCAGAGAACGCUCCAGGAGCUAAAGAGAAGGUCGAAUUCUGUAUGUUCUCUUCCAAAAAACAACAAUAA